CAGGCGUUUUUUUUCCAAAAAAAAUUUUAAAAGUCGUAAGUUUUCCAUUUGCCAAUAAAGCAAUCAUUUUGGCCAUCCCUUCAUCACUUACAUUACUUUCCACGGUCUGCAAUAGCUUCCCCAAACUACUCCAUCACUUCAACCCCUCCUUAAAACCUUCCUCUCCGAGUCAGUUUUGUAUCUGUCCCUCUUUGGCAGCGUGUCCAACCUCCUUAAAUUUCUAUGAAGUGCAUUGGGGUGUUUAUCUAUUUUCAAAGACAAAAGCUUAGCUGUAAAUUGUUCUAUGAGUUAGCAUCAACCUUAUCUAACAAUAUAGUCUCCCUGUUCUGGGAUAGUGCCAAAAACAUUCCGCAAGUAUGAAGAAAACACAACUUCAAUCGAUUGGUUGCGUCUGAUGCAUGUAAAUGAGAUAAAGCGGCCAAGGUUGAGAUUCGAGCAGCGCCAACGGACAGGUUACAUUGUUUAUCUGGACACGAUAGUGCAAAAGUUCUGUCUUUAUGGAGUUACCACAAUGACAGCGGAAAACCUAAAAUUCCUGGUAAAAAGGCAGUUAUCAUUCACUGGUUUUACCAACUUUCAGGGUAGAAGGAGAAAAUGUCAUGCAUUCGGGACUGACCAAGAAAGCUUGCUUCCAAUUGACCAACAAAUCACGGUGGAUAACAUAAAGCAUUUCAAAGCUAAGUUGAACAAAGUCGCUACUCUCCCAACUGUUAAAGAGAUUCAGGAGACAGCAGAUGGACUUCAAUGCGAAAGCACCGAGCAACCAGAACAGGUCAAAAAGACAGCAAAUUCUAAAAAAGUUCACAUUGCUUUAAUUCCAGACAGAUACGAGCCUUUGAUCGAGUCUGUGGGAGAAAGUCCGAAUGCGGAGAGCAAAGCAGCCAAAAAAUACAAAAGGAAGCAAAAGCUUAAAAAAUGCAAGAAGAACAUUUUAAAAGUCCUUCAUGCUGGAUGGAAUUACUUUGUACUUGGCGUUCAAGAAUUUGCAAACAAUUAUACAAUGCCAUACGCAACCUCAUUUACUGUGAUUUCUGAGAUGCGCUGAAGGACUGAGAGAACAUUGAGAGAUUUCACACAUUGUUGAAUUUCUAUGUUAAUAAUGCAAAAUUUUUCAAUCUGUUUGUAACUUUAAAAUAUUAAUUUAUGCUCAACCUGAAUCUGUAUAGUUAUUAUAAAGAUAAAUGAUGGUUUUCUUGCAAGCUAAAGCCAAAGGCUACAGUAGAUGCUGGCAUUAUGAAUCUUUCAUACAUGCAUUACCUUUUUAAUAGGCUAAUCAAUUACCCAAAGGCAAAUAUAUGGCUUUUGUUCAUGAUUGCUGCUGCAAGUAUAUUGUACUAUCACAGACCUGUAUUCAUAAAUAUUCGUUUUUAGAUGUAACCUUGUUCUCAUUCUAAUCGCUAUUAAAUUACAGAUUUUAUACAUAAUAGUUUCCUUUGUCAGUUCCAACUUAUUUAGAAUGUUUGGUUUAUUUCCAUUGUCAUUAGAAACUAUGCACAGUAGUUGAUUAAUGCAAAGACUUGUGUCUUUAUUGGUCAGUCAUUGCAAUACAGCCACAGCUGUACAUUCAUGAAUGAUUUUCCAUCUCUGAACUAUUACUAAGCCAAAUAAAUAAGUUUAGGAGUGCAGAAA